AUGACGCCAUCAACACACUCUGGCUGUCUGGUUCUGGUCUCACGCUCUUCUCUUUUCAGACACGGAAACAUAAUGCCGUAGACCAAAGGGUGUGCAAAUUGUAUUCGGAUAGCUAGGACUUGAUGACUUGAAGCUCUAUGCUACACCUGGCAGAAGUUGUCGCCAGAAUAAUUACACCAGAAGAAAAACAAUGUCGGAUAGGAAGGUUUAAAGGGACGGUUGCUGGAAGUUAACAAAGCUCUCGUGAAUAGAAUUCCGUUUUUUUGUUUGGGUUUAUAUCUGGUGAAGAUGGCAGUCUUAAAUUAUAAUGUCAGGAUGUACAUUGAACCUGUUGUGUUGUGCGCACAGGUGGCCAGUUCAUUUUACGACACCGGUCUGCAGUCGGUUGUCAAAGAACGAUACGAAAAUAAUCCGAAUUUCACCGACACUGGCAGUCAACAGAAGGCUAUUUCAAACUUCUACAUGAUUUACACUAUGGUGGGAAAAUUCGUUCCAAUUAUACCUGCUAUUAUUUUAGCCAAAUGUGGAGACAGGGGGUACAGAAAGUUACCCAUAGUUGUUCCUUUGAUCGGUUACUUCAUCGCCAGGAUGUUUCUUGUUUUCGUAAUCGUGUUCAACUGGCCUCUUGAAGUUAUGUAUGGGGGAGCGGUGGUUCACGGCUUGUGUGGCGGUUUCUCCUCGUACUGGGCUGGUGUGAUGGCUCUGGUAUCCCUAAGCACGUCUGAGGAGGAAAGGUCCCCGCGCAUAAUGCGAAUGGAGCUAGUCUAUGGUUUAGCGGGGCUCGUCGGGAGUCUGGCGUCCGGUCAUCUUUUCCAGCUGUACACGGUCAAGCUAAAAAGUGGUGUCAUUUUGGUUGGACUAAGUGUGGCGCUUUAUGUCUUCUGCCUUUUAUAUUCAACAUUCGUGCUUCAGAUUGCUUGCUCAGGUGGAACCAGCCAGCGCCGUGAAAGUGUAGGCAUAUUGGAACGAAGUUAUAGAAACACCACUAACAUUGCGCUCCUGUUUGCUGGAGCGAUCUUAUAUGACGUUGCGGUCGGGGGAGGCAUGGAAAUCUUGGUGUCGUAUGUAAUGAAAGAGCCGCUUAACUGGGACGCAAAGCAGAUAGGGUACGGCAACGCUGCAGGAUUUGUGAUCUUCAUUACAAGUUUUUUGGGAGUGAAAUUGUUUUCCAGAUGCUUUAGCGAUGCGUCCUUGAUUAUGAUCGGGAUGGUGUCGUUCUGUUCCGGGAUUUACUUCAUGGCCUUCGUGACCUCGACGUAUAUGUUCUAUUUGGCACGGUGCCUCACGUUGUUUGCACUGAUUCCCAUGCCAACGAUACGCUCUCUACUAUCUAAGCAGGUGGAAGGGUCCUCGUAUGGUGUAACCCUGAUUGCGCUUCAGCUUUCCUUCAAACUGAUCAGUCUGGCUUACACCCCCAUCUACACCAAAGUGUACCAGGCCACUCUCGACGUCUUCCCUGGGUUUGUCUUCACCUUGUCCAGCAUCAUCACGUUUGUGGCCAUGGUUCCGAUAUGCAUUGUUGGAUGCAGAACUGCACAUAGGACCUAUGAAAGGAUUGAAGGAAAUUAAGGAAGGACUAAGACAUUCUCCUCGUUCAUCAAUGUGAAUGCAUGUGAAGUCAGGAACAUAUUUCACUUCUAAGGACCUAAAAGGGAGAGAUUGAAUUAAUAGUAAACAACAGUUGACUACUUUCAAAUUGUUUGCAUAUGUGUGUAUACUGUAAAUAUUUGUUUAUGUUCUCAAUGCAUUUUUUCAUUUUCUGUGUUGCCACUGCCAGUGACAGUGUAUGUGUUGUUGAAUAGUUUACUUUGUGUAAAUAAUGCAUGUAAAUGUUAAAUGUUUAAAUGUUUCCAUUGUAUUGGGGGUGCCUGGAAUGCCAUCUGGGUUCACAUACCAUAUGUCUUACAAAAGUGACUGGGGGCUUUAUUUUACUCAGAAAGCAUAUGCAUACGACACAGAGAUACUAUUUUACACACUUUGAUAGGGAGAGUCAGCUUGCAUAUUGGUAUUGUUGAAUUUAAGUCAAAGUGGUACAAAAUGUAUGUAAUGCUUAAGUAAAAUGCACAUUAUACAGACCGACCAAAAAUUUUACUCACUGCCCGCAUGAUCUGAGACCCAGUUUUUAAUUGAAUCCUGGCUUUUGAUUAUAGGACAAAUAUCCAGCAUUGUCAUGAGAGCUUUUCCAUUUCUUGUUGUCAAUAGUGAUAUAUAGUGAUAUUUAUUAUCUGACAGGAGCAAAAAUGCAAAUAUAUGAAUUGUUUCUAUUUAAUGUUUUGAUAAAGAUGAUAUCAUGGUCACAUACCUAUAACAUGUAUUGUACCUUGGCCACUUACUGACCUUGCCCUAAAUUUUAACGCCAUUGCCUGAGGAUUUAUUUUUGUACAGGCAACUUUAAUGGGCAUGAUACUCAAAGGUGGCAUUAUUACCUAGAUAGCACCCGGACUGUGAUUGCAUGGAGUUAGACUCAGGACUAGCUGUGGGAAAUAGAGAUGAGUAGCCUGGGUGAACCAGACAAGCCUGCAGACUGGUCUGGAAAGGAGCCCAUCGACAUCCGUUUCCAAAUCACCAAAAACCCAGGAACGUGUAUUGUCUUUGGAACUGAGUAAACACCUGCAUUUAAAACCCUUGUUUACAAGAAAAAUGUGUUUGCUGCACAUUUAAUGUAGUAAGAGUUUAAUGCAGCAAUGUUAGUGUAAUCACUGCUGGUUACACACAUAAGUUGUAAAACGGGUAGUUCAGAAAACGGGUGUCAAUGGGCUCCUUUCCAGAGGGAACUGCAGAGCAAUUCAAAUGAGCUAACAGGUUUGUCUAGGUUCACACAGGCUAGAGAUGCGGAGGCCUGCUAAACCGACUUGAAGUGUUGAACAUAGUGAAGAAGUGUUUCAUAUCAAAUAUUUAUAACCACACAAUUUCAUAUGAUAGCAUUUAAAAAUCAAUGUUACAACAUAGGUACUUGUUAACUUAAACAGUGAAUGACAGGCGUUACAGAUCUUUAAAGUGCUUUGAUUACAACCAAGCCUGAGGCAAAGCAAACAGAUUACUCUCGGUUUCAGUGUAACGGCAUUCCAGUCUAUAUUUAUGGCGUCCACUAUGUAAACCCAAGUCAAUGGCCAAGGCCUGAUACUGACACCAAAGUAGCUACUGACACCAAAUGCUGAUAGGAGAAUAUUAUGGUUUACUGGUAAUAAUAGUACAUUUAAAAUAAUUUCUGUGCUUCAUAUUUUAAUUCCUGGCAUCAUCAGUUUAAUCAUGUAAAGACGUAAUUUCUCUAGGCCUACCUCAUGACUGAUUUAUGCUGACUUCACUGCCUGCCUGAUAUCUAUUAUAGGCUAUGCCUUUUUGACUGUCCGUACUAUUUCAAACACUGUGAUAGGGUGAUUCAGUUUCCAUAUUGUUAUUGUUGAAUUUAAGUCAAAGUUGUACAAAAUGUAUGUAAUGCUUCAGUAAAAUGCACAUUUUACAGGCCGACCAGAAUUGUAUUCACCGCUCGCAUGAUCUGAGAUCACUCAUCAGACUUUAUUGCCAGAGACUGCCACUUCUUGAACUUACAUAUAGGCUGAAUUAAAACCUCAAAUCCUUG